AUGCUCCUCCUUGGCCUCACAGGCUCCAUCGCAACCGGCAAAUCCACCGUCUCAUCCAUCCUCUCCUCACCACCCUACUCCCUCCCCAUAAUCGACGCCGACCUCCUAGCACGCAAAGUCGUCGAGCCUGGCACAUCGGGCUACAAUGCCAUCCUCAAGCACUUCCUCCAUGAUACUCCCGAUCUACUUCUCCCUGCAUCCGAAUACGAUGUGUCUAAAUUCCCUCAAGGCGCGCCAUUGAAUAGACCUGUGCUUGGGAGGAGAGUAUUUGGAGAUAGUGAGGAGAGGAGAAAGGAUCGUGGGGUGCUGAAUGGGAUUGUCCAUCCUGCGGUGAGGAAAGAGAUGUAUAAGGCUUUAUUGCUGGCUUAUUUAAAGGGAAAUUGGGCCGUGGUGCUCGACGUGCCGUUGUUGUUUGAGAGCGGGCUGGACUCGCUAUGCGGUAUUGUGAUGGUUGUUGCUGUGAGCGAUCCGAAGAUACAGAUGCAAAGAUUAAUGGAUAGGGACUCGCAUUUGACUGAGGAGGAUGCGCAGAACAGAGUGAGGAGUCAGGGGGAUGUGAGAGAGAAGGCGAAGAGGGCUGAGUUUAUGGCACAGGAGGGUGGGAGAGGGGUAGUGGUUUGGAAUGAUGGGGGGACGGAAGCAUUGAAGAGCGAGCUGGACAAGGUUAUAGGGGAAGUUAAGGGCAGAAGUCCGAGGUGGUGGGCAUGGCUACUCUGGUUAUGUCCACCAUUUGCAGGGCUGCUAGCCGUCUGGAGCUACUGGAGGUCCACGGUGAUUAGUAGGAGGUGGAAGCAGAAGGAGUUGAGGGAAUGGGCUAAGCUUUGA